UUUCAGAGGUUUCUUAACUUUUAUGACGGUCGAUGAGAUCACUUGGAGAGCUCAUAUUCAGCGUUGAGUUCACACUGAGAGUUUGAUUCGCAUCGGAACGAGUUAACAUUCACGGGGACGCGGUUUGAAACGCAUUGGUACCGAUGGCUGCUGUGAAAGCUCUUCAGCAGUGGUGUAAAAUCCAGUGCGAUGGAUAUCGUGAUGUUUCGAUCACUAACAUGACCACGUCUUUUCGGGACGGCUUGGCUUUUUGCGCUCUCAUUCACAAGCACAGACCGGACUUGAUAGACUUUGACUCCUUGAGCAAAGAAAACAUUUACGACAACAAUCAUCUGGCUUUUCAGGUGGCGGAGAAAGAAUUGGGAAUACCUGCUCUGCUGGACGCCGAAGACAUGGUUGCUCUUAGAGUACCAGAUCGUCUCAGUAUUCUCACAUAUGUUUCGCAAUACUACAAUUAUUUCCACGGACGCUCUCCUAUUGGAGGUCUGGGAGGGAUUAAAAGACCAGCUGAAGAAUCGAGCGAAGAACCAGCUGGAAAGAAAAACCAGCCUGUCGCAGCUAAAGUUUUUGGCUCCCCUAAACCAGCCACAGAAGUUCAGACACCUAAAUCAAUAAACGACAAUAAGAGAGAAGUUUUGGUCGAACGUGCCAAUAAACCAGGAACCCUUAGCAGUAGUUGCAGCGUGUGCAACCAGCAUGUUCACCUCGUGCAGCGCCACCUGGUGGACGGGAAGUUGUAUCACAGGAACUGCUUUAAAUGCAAGGAAUGUUCUACCAUUCUCCUCUCUGGCACCUACAAGGCUGGAAAAGAAUCGGGAACGUUCGUCUGCAAGAGCCACACCAGUGCAGUGAAACCUCCAACCACCCAGACCACACACGUCUCUGUACCUCCACAGAAAACACAGCCCACCGCAGUCAGCAGGAGCACACACUCCACCUCAACAAACCAGAACGAACCGGGUGGAGAUACAGGAAAAGCCGGUUCGAAGCCCAGCGCAUCUAUACUUGGCUGGUUGGGUAAAAAAAGUGACCCUACGCCCACCCAUGGGUCAUCUGCCACGCCUGCUCCAACAUCCAACCCCAUUCCAGCACCAAGAACAACACCAAAAACAACACCAGCGCCAGACACUACAACCACAAAAACUUCCCUUAAUAUCAACACCCCCUCAGAGUCUUCUUCACCUAUAAGCAUCAGUUUACAGAAGAACCAAGAGGCCAGAAAGAGAUUCUUUGACUCGAACACAAAUUCAAGCAGCAUCGUGCCUACAAGUAAGAACAGCCCAUCUUCCACAUCGACAUCUGUAAAGCCAGUAGGCCUUAAAACUGAGACCCCAGCAAGCAAUAAAACUUCAGCAUUUUUGAGUCCAGCAAGCAGUAAAACUUCAACAUUUUUGAGUCCAGCAAGCAGUAAAACUUCAACAUUUUUGAGUCCAGCAAGCACCAAAACGUCAACAUUUUUGAGUCCAGCAAGCACUAAAACUUCAACAUCGGUGAGUCCAGCAGGCCUUAACACAUCAACAUCUGUAAGUCCAGCAAGCACUAAAACUUCAACAUUUUUGAGUCCAGCAAGCACCAAAACUUCAACAUUUUUGAGUCCAGCAAGCACUAAAACUUCAACAUCGGUGAGUCCAGCAGGCCUUAACACAUCAACAUCUGUAAGUCCAGCAAGCACCAAAACUUCAACAUUUUUAAGUCCAGCAAGCUCCAAAACUUCAACAUUUUUGAGUCCAGCAAGCACUAAAACUUCAACAUCGGUGAGUCCAGCAGGCCUUAACAUAUCAACAUCUGUAAGUCCAGCAAGCACUAAAGCUUCAACAUUUUUGAGUCCAGCAAGCACUAAAGCUUCAACAUUUUUGAGUCCAGCAAGCACUAAAGCUUCAACAUUUUUGAGUCCAGCAAGCACUAAAACUUCAACAUCAGUGAGUCCAGCAGGUCUUAACACGCCAACAUCAGGAAUUAAAACUUCAACAUUUUUGAGUCCAGCAAGCACUAAAACUUCAACAUCUGUAAGUCCAGCAAGCACUAAAACUUCAGCAUUUGUGAGUCCAUCAGGGACUAAAACAUCAGCUUCUGUGAGUCCAGCAAGCACUAAAAUUUCAACAUCAUUGAGUUCAACAAGCACUACAACUACAACAUCGAGUUCAAAAAGCACAACAACAUCAGUGAGUCCAGCACCUGCUCCCAAUUCAGGAGCCGCACCAAGUAAAGGCAGAGUACUGUUGCGGGUGGCAGACUGGACAAAAGUGCCGGAUGAAGAUGAAGAGGUGGAGAACGAAAAGGAUAAAGCUAAAACUGUGAUCGGCAAGAUGGUGACUGGGAACAAAAAUUAUAGCAGUUCAACACAGGGUCCAACUGGGCUGAAAGCCAAUGGCGGUAACAUUUCCCCCCCGGAUUCGGGUGUGAAAGGCCCCUCGGGUAAGGUGCGCCUGAAACAACUGGAUGUCGUGGAGGAAACUACUGCCCCCGCAGGUGGAACAUCAUCCUGGAUUAAAGACAAAAACUCAUCCAGGCCUGUAAGCCCGCUGUCGUCCAACAGCAAGGAAAAUAAUGCCACACCAUCCGACUGGAGAUCCAUGCUUAAACCUGUUUCAAAACCUGGCAACACUACUGAAAGCAGUGCUAGUCCUAGCAAAAGGCCAGAGGCUGCUUCCUCCCCACGGGUAACAGGUGGGGGAAUCUCCCAGACGUCUGGGUCUGCUCAUUUUUCUACGACUGUCUCCAUCCAAAUCAACAACCCUAAAUCAUCCUCAGCUAGCCCUCAGCUGAAAAACGGGCCUAGUGAUUCGGAGAGUGCUAGCAGUGUAUCUCCUGUUGGCCCCUCAGGGACUGAAAGUCACAAAUUGCAAAAGCCGGAUCACAUUCCCAAAGACCAGAUUCAAAAGGAACUAAAGGAAAUUGAGCUGAAUCUGAACGAGCUGGAAAAAACAGGAGUGGAAUUGGAGAAACAGCUCAGACAAUGCGAUGAGGAAGGAGAAGAGGACAUGAAUGAUUUAAUGGUGGAGUGGUUUACUCUUAUCAGAAACAAGCAAGUCUACAUAAGACGAGAGUCGGAGCUGGUCUAUGUUUCCAGGACUCAAGAUCUAGAGGAACAGCAGCCCAGUGUUGAAGCAGAACUCAGGAGACUGAUGGAGAAACCAGAGCAUUUGAAAACUUUGUGGGAUCGUAAACGAGAGGAGGAGCUGAUGGCCAAAUUGGUGGAGAUCGUGAACGACCGAAAUGCUAUUGUAGAGGGGCUGGAUGAGGACAGACUGAGGGAGGUAGAGGAAGAUGAGCAGUUGAAUAUGAUGAUCCAGACACUUGAUAUAAAGAAAGAGGAGAAGAAAGUCAAGAGAAAACCAUCUAUAUCUCAGUGGUUCAGGAAAAGUAAAAAGCAGCCCGUGGAAGAUGGAUCCUCAUGAAGGGGUGUGCGUGCGUUUCUGUGUGUUUUUCUCGGACACUGAAACUUUCUGCCGAUAGUCAUUAGCAGUUCAGUUCUGAGGUCGAAAUCUAAAUUGCAGUCACACGUGUGUAACAAAUGGUAUUUCUGAGACCGCACGUGUUGCGGAGCCGCAUGUCAUUAUAUAUUUUCGCACUCGUUUCUCACAUGCUUUUGCACAUUUAUCGUGGCUUUGUUUGUGGGUGUGAUUCGUGCAUUUGUUAGCAAAAGUUUUGCACUUGGAAUGAUGUUGAUUGUAGCUCUCAGUCGGUGGUGUUUAAUCAGGGACUCAAUAAUGAGAGAAAAAUCUCAAGUCGUCGAUUCAUAUUGAAUUAAAGUUCGAACACGGACAAGUUUUUGGUCCAGACUUAGUUUUUUACUCUUUUUAUUAGAAAAUUUUAGUUUUUUCAUAUUUUAAUAAUUAUCCAAAUACACUUGCAGUAUGCUCACUCAGCAGUAGGGGGCAGACAACCACUGAGUUUAUUCAGCAUGUGAUUUCUAAACAGACUGUACAGUAAGUGAUUUGAUUUGAUGGGGUUACAAGAUUUUCUUUUUGCAAUGAAUAUAGAUUAAAGCAAAAUUGCUGAAAGUAUUGCAAAUGCUUUAGUUUUUAUUUUCUCUGCAUUUAAACAAAGCUGUUUUAAAUACUGUUAAUGCAUCUGUCCUAUAAACAGAUGCUGAACAAUGUUUUUAAUUUAUGCUAGAAGACUCCAGUUUUUUACACAUUUAAAUGCAUAUGUUUUACAAUAAAUGUUAUCAAAUCCAA